GCACGCAUGCGCAUAUAUGAAUAUAUAUGAUACGUCUUGUCUAUAUAAAUACACAAUGUAUACUUUCGUUUUAACGAGAUAUUAAUUAUUGCAUUUUAUAUUUUCAAUCCUAAUCAACAUAUAUAAAGAUCACUCAUUGUGAUAUACAAUGAAAAAGCUAUUAUUUACCUAUUACGUUAAAAAAAUAUGCAACAUAACCUAUGAUGACAGCUUCUUAUAUAUCAAAGAAUCAAUAUUGAAUAAUAUUUAAUCUGUAAUGGAUGAUGGAAAAGAGAAUUUUGUACUUUGUUCUAAUGAUUCUAAAAAUCAUAUAAAAAAGUUGCACGAAAUUUGCAAUUGGGAUCAACUUAAUAAUGUAGCUAUAGAAUACCAUGAUUUACAAGAGACUAUUUAUAUAGAUUACAGAGAACUUUUUUUUACACAAAGUUUGAUUUCUGAUUAUUUAAGAUGCAUCAAAUGUGUCGAAUUUGUUGGUAUAAAUUUUGAUAUUCCAGAGUACUGUGUUAUUUCUGUAAUACUUGGAAUCUUGAAUAGUGGGCAUAGUUUUGUAAAUGUACCUGUUGAUUCAAUAGAAUUAAUAAAUUUAAAGAAUAAUUUAAAUCUACAUUAUUUAUUUUCUAAACAAAUAAAUGUUGAAGGAGAUAUUGUACAUCAAUUUAAAAUGCAUAAAGAAUGUAUUUAUCUUAUCAAAGUUAAAGAUGUCCAAAAACAAGAUACACAAAAAGUAAAACAAAAUUAUUAUGCUUAUGCAAUUUCUACAUCUGGUUCAACAGGAACUCCAAAAGUAGUUAGAGUGCUCCAUUCAUGUAUAGUUCCUAAUAUUUUAGAUUUGAGCAAAGUGCUGACAAUAACAAACCGUGAUAAAAUUUUUCAGUUUACAAAUUUUACAUUUGAUCCUAGUAUUGUUGAAAUUUUUCUUGCACUCUCAAAUGCUGCAACACUAUUCAUGGUGUCAAAGCUAUUGAAAAAUGAUCCAUAUAGACUUUUAAAAGAAGCUUAUUCUAAUCAAAUUACCAUAAUGCAAGUAACUCCAUCAGUUUUUAUGUAUAGUUGGACAGCUGAAUCUUUGAAAACUAGUAUUUUAAGUAAUAAUUCUUUAUUAAGAGCUAUUCUUUUUGGUGGAGAACCUUUCCCUAAAUUAGAGUUACUUUCUGAAGCCAAGCAUCCUUGUAAUAAUACAAAAAUUUAUAAUGUCUAUGGUAUUACCGAAGUAUCUUGUUGGGCUAGUAUAAACGAAAUUGUAAUAACAAAUAGACAAUUUAAUGUACAUUACUUGGGUCAAGUAUUAUCACAUACUAUAUUUGAAGUUAGAAAUGAAAAAGAAGAAGUAAUAACAAAUGGUACAGGCUCUCUCUACAUAGGAAGCAAUCAUAGAAUAUGUCUGAUCAAUGAUGAAAAUAUUGAAGACUUAGAAUUACCAGUAUUUCGUGAUUCUGGUGAUAUAGUUAAUAUUGAUGAAGAGGGAAAGAUAUUUUACAAAGGAAGAAAAAAUAGCUUUAUUAAAAGAUUUGGGAAUAAAGUAGAUUUGAUAAAACUUAAAGAACUUGUAUUGCAAAUAGAUUUUGUGAAGAACUGUUAUGUAAUAUGGGAUGAUAGUUGCCAUCAUUUACAUUUAUAUUUUUCUACUAAGGAGAAUGUCACAAAUCAUAUUGUAAAUACUGAUAUAGUGAAAUAUGUACAUAAACUAGAUCCUUUAUACAGACCAGAUAAAAUUCAUUUUAUAGAGGAUGUUGAAUUUACAUCUAAUGGAAAGAUUUCCUUAGAAUUUUUAAAAAAGUAUUACAUACAACAAACUAUAACACAUGGAAUGUUAAAAAACAUUGACUUUGAACAAAUUGAAAUUAUUUUCAAAUCAAUUUGGGAAAACAAUUUAAAACAUGAAAAUAAUGGAUUUGUAAAACUUGGUGGCACAUCUAUAAUCGCAUUUCAGAUAUCAAAUACUGUAUCCGAAAUAUUAAACAUAGAAUUUCCUGAAUUAAUUAGCAUGCUUUUAAUGGAUGCUACUAUUGAUAACUGUCUUUGUUAUAUAAGAAGUGUUGUACUGAAUAGUGAUCAAAACAGAAUGAUUAAUCUUAAUUUUCAUUCUAAUAGUUUAUUAAUUAAAGAAAUUCCUUUGAUUACUAAUAUUUCCACUAUUAAUUUAAAAAGCAAGAAAUCUAAUGAUGAAAGAAAGAUUUUUGACUCAGUGAUGCAAAUAAAUGAUAUUUAUACAUGCCAAUGGUACAAGUGUAGAGGAAAAAUAUAUAAAAGUGUCCAAGAUAUUAAUAUUGAACAAAAAUUACAAUAUAACGCAAUUUCGAAAGUUGAAGUAUUGAAAACGUAUGAUUUGAAAAAAUGCGUUGAUGCAUCGCCAACUGUAUUUCGUUAUUCGGAUGGAAAAACAUAUGCAACUGUUGGUUCUCAUUCUGGUUUUAUUUUUACCUUUGGAUUAGAAAAGGAGUGUUGUAGCUCUGCAUUUAAAGUUAAACUGCCUGACAGAGUUGAAGCUUCAAUUUUGGUUUUGGAUGAUUUCAGAGGUAUAGUGGGAUGUUAUGAUGGUAACGUAUAUUGCUUUCACUUAAAAACAGGAAAUGUUAUUUGGAAUUACCAAACAGAAAAUGCUAUAAAAAGUUCUCCAAUAUUUUGUAAAGUAAAGGAAACGAUAUUUGUUGGUUCUUAUGAUUGUUAUAUAUACUGUUUAUCUGUGAAGGACGGAUCAGAAGUUUGGAAAUCUAAAUUCGGUAAUGGAAGCAUUAGCGCUUCUGGUUGUUUACACGUUCCGUCGAAUAGUGUGUUGUUUGGAACAUUGGAUGGACUUUGUCUAGCACUUGAACAAUCGUCAGGGAAACUUUUGUGGAAGCACAAAUUAUCAGAUCCAAUUUUUGUUGCUCCUUUGCUAUUAAAUAAUGGACUUGUUUUAUUUUGUUCUGUAACAGGGCUAUUGCAUUGCUUUGAUAUCGAAGUUAAUGUCAAGAUGUGGUCAUACAAAAUCAAUGGCAAUGUAUUUUCAUAUAUUGUGAAGCAAAGUCAUGCCUCCGUAAAAUAUGAAACCAUCAUUGUAGCCAGUCAGAAUAAAAGUGUGUAUUGUUUAGAAUCAGAAGAGACAAACUUUAAAACUAAACCCAGAUUGAAAUACGUAUUAAAUUUUCAUUCACCAAUUUUUGCUACUCCCUGGUGUGAAAACGAUUCUUUGUUCAUAGCAUGUACAGAUGGUACUUUAAAUAUUUAUAAUUCAGCAGAAAAUAGAUUGAUAAAAACUGAAAAACUUCCUGGGGAGGUCUUUUCGUCACCGGUUGUUGAUAAUGAUAUCAUAAUCAUUGGAUGCAGAGAUAAUAACGUCUAUAUCUUAAAACUUGUGUAAAUUAUUCUUGGUAAGUAAAUGUGUUAAACAUUCUUUGUAUCAUGAAAUAGACAGGAAUACAAAUUAAUAUGAAAUUAA